GGUUUGGGUCAGCUUUAGGGUAGAAUUGAUAAUAAUGGGUUUUAGGGGUUAUUUGCAUUUAUUUGAUUCAUCUGACGGUCAAACCCUAAAUUUAAUUAAAAGUGGAUGGACAAAUGGGUAG